AUGCCGUGUUGCACUUCAAAUGGGACGUAUGACGAGAUGCGUGUGCGAUGCUGUGUGGUGCUGUACAUCAUAAAGUGCGCUCAAAAUCACCAUGGUCUUCGUCACGGUGACUAUCAGCGCUACCGGCAGUACGUUACGCGCAAAAUCAGGCGCAUGCGCAAGUCACUGCGAUUUCAGCAAGGUACUCGUUCUCGUGUAGUUCCCAAGAAGCUGACUCCCGAAAUAGUCACAGACGCUCGCUAUCUCAUCCUAUCCGUCUUUGAAAUCGAACGCUGUUGGGCGUAUGCCAUGCAGCUCAGAGCUGAGGCAAAUUCGGAGCCUCGCAAAAGAUUCCACAUGAUUUCACGUCUUAGCAAAGCAGCGAAAUGUGCGCAAGGGCUCAAUGAAAUCAUGGCGAGUGUGCCAAUGUGUGGCGCACAGACCAAGCUGGAGUUGACUGCUUACAUUCAGUGGAUUAAUGGUAUUCUUCACUUCGAACAGCAGGAUUGGGUGAAGGCGAAAGAUUUGCUGGAGUCGGCGCAGCAGAUCUACACGGGCUUGGCGAGCUCUGUGGACGAGGACCUGCGAGCGGUGUACGCGGCGCGGACCGGCGAGAUUCUGCCGCAGAUUCGCUAUUGUGCCUACAGUGUCGGCGAUACUUCAGCAGCCAAGGAGCUGCGGGAGAUGCGUGCCGGUGUGGAGGGUACCCUGGUUGAGGAGCAAUUGGACGACCUUCUUAAGCAGAUGCAGACCCUCCAGGCCGGGUCCGUGACCGAGGUCACCUGGCUUGGUACUACCAUACCUGUCAAACUGGAAAAAGCCCGGCUGGCUGUUCUGGCUCUUCAGGCAGGUUUUACGCACUCCGAAGCAGAUGAGCAGUUGGCUAAGCUUCCGUCCAGCUACACGAAAGCGGCGAUUUGCGAUUCGACUCUGAAGGUCAUUGUCGAUGCAUUGGUCGCUAUUCGGGAAGAGAUGCGCUGGUUGUCUAACUCUGAGGGGGUUGCUUCUGCGGGUCUACUGCCUGUGCAGGUCUCUCAGAAGGCUAAUGCUACUGGCAUUGAAAAGCUUCCUCGGCUGCAGCGUCUGAAUAUAUACAUGCAGUACUCGAAAUUGAGUAAAACAAUUUGGAGGACCCUUUACCAAUUGGAGACGCUUAUGUCAAACGUCGCACCGGAGCACCACCACGCCUCGUGGAAUCUCAUCACUUCAGGCUACCACAAGCCGCACGAAUUCGCUCGCCUCUACGAUACUGUCGUGCAGAACCUCCAGGAGGUGCUCACUCUACCCGGUGGCAUCCAAGACAACGCCGAAAUCAGGGCUCUCAUCAAGGCCAAAAUUGCUGCUUAUAAAGCUUUAAGGUGUUACUACCUAGCUUUGGCGUACCUUCGAAACAAUCGUUUUUUGGAAAGUUCUUCGCUUCUUCAGCGUUGCCAGACGGAGGUGAAGGAGGCGGAAGCAAGUCUUUCAAAGGCUAAUCUGCCGGAGUGUACUGAGGCAGAGGCGGUGCCAGGCCACUCACGCCCCUCCCUGCUGCAGCUUUUGCGGGAUCUGCAGGACCAGAUGGACACCGAAAUGCUUGCCUGCAAGGCCGGCUACAUGCUAGAACUCGCUGCUGGUGGAACCUCGAAUGAAUUCGUCGAUGACGCCACCGUCUCUGCCUCCAUUCCCAGAGCUGUGCUUAAGGAGCCGCUGAUCAGAUCUCCGGGUGAAUUCGUCCCCGAAAAGGUGAUCUUGCGAAAGCUGACUACGCAGCCAGCGCCACUGGUGCCCUUCCCACCUGAGUUUGAAGCGAUUCCGGUGAAACCAACCUUCUUUGAUCUAGCCCUCAACCAUAUUAACUUCCCCACACAGCCCACGAAGGAGUCAGCCUCUGCUGGUAUCACCGGCUUCAUGAAGGGCCUCAUCUGGGGACAAUCGAAGAAAUAG